UCUGCGUAACCCUGGACAAAACGUCUGAAGUAAAAUCUGAGGCCCGGAGCCUCAAAGGCGUUUAGGCACCGAACGCCUGUUAAAAUCCGAGCGCGAGGGGGCCGGAGCGGGGUCUGAACUUGUGCCUGGCUUUCGGAGCACUUGGUGACACCAGCGGUCAAACCAGACGCUCUGCGCGCAGGGCAGAAGCUUGCAGCCGAAUCCCCUUUGGCAGAGAGCGACGCGCGUUUCUGGAAAGCCGCCCAGGGCGGUUUCUCCCGGCGCACGGGUGCUGCCAAGGUCCCAGAGCCUCGUGUUCUGGUGCCAGGCUGCCAGCCAACAUGCUGGCUUCCCGACGCGUACGAGGCCUUUGCGUCAGCGUGGUUUGGGCUCCAGCUGCUUUUUACCCUCAGUGAGGAUUUCAGUAUUGGUUCCCCAAAGGGGCCGCGGGUGCCGGGCACCAGCUGGGAUCAGUCCCAAGGGGGGGGGAGCUGAUUCUUGGGAAACCUUCGCGGAAAUGGCCGCAAAUCUGGACCAGUGACAGUACCCGGGAUCCCCAUGAGGCACAGCGAUUUUCACAUCAAUCCAACUUCACAGGGACGGUUAAUGACCAGGAAGAAACCGACUGUGGGGGUGGAUUUUCCCACGUCUGCGACCCUGGGUUCUCAUGCCAGGGUGCUGGCACUGCGGGAGACAAGACGGGCCUCGGUUCCGGUCCAGCCUGGCGUUGCCUGAGGAUCUCUGCCCGUUGAGCUCGGCGCGAUCGUGGGUCACGGAGCCGCGUGGCGGGGCAGCAUCCGGGACUCGGUGGGACAGAUGCUUCCCUGACCCUGGUGGGAUACUUGUCCCUCACGUGAGCUGGAGCUUGGCAACAAGAUGACGUCCUCCAAUUCCAGCAAUGGCAGCAGCAACAGCAGCAGCUUGGCGGACACGGUCUUCGUGGGCCUCUACACCCUCAUCUUCACGCUGGGGCUGGUGCUCAACCUGGCCGCGCUCUACAUCUUCUUCCGCUGCAGCAGCGUCCGCUCCCUCACCACCGUCUACAUGAAGAACCUGGCCGUCUCCGACCUGCUGCUGGUGGUGUCCCUGCCUGUCCGCAUCUACUACUACAGCCGGCGGCCCGACCUGGGGGACAAGGUCUGCGAGAUCACGGGGCUGCUGCUGCUGGUCAAUAUGUAUGGGAGCAUCUUCCUGCUGACCUGCAUCAGCUGGGACCGCUGCAUGGCCGUCUGCUUCCCCAUGCACCCGCGGGUCAAGGCGCUGCGCAAGCAGGCCAAGUACAUCUGCCUGGGCGUCUGGCUGCUGAGCUGUGCCGGCACCGUGCCCACCUACUUCGCCCAGAUGAAAGCCGGGCAGAUGAAGCACCACUGCUUCGACAACCAGCCCGAGUACGUCACCAAGCCCAGCGUGUCCUCGGCCAUGGCCCUGUGCUUCGCCCUGCCGCUGCUGGUCAUGGUGCUCUGCUCCUGGGCCCUGCUCCGCGCCAUCCGCCGCAGCGCGGCCGCCCAGAUGGAGCUGGUGAACAGCGCCAAGAUCCGCAGCAUGAUCGUGGCCAACGUCACCAUCUUCCUGGGCUGCUUCCUGCCUUUCCACCUGGUGCUGAUCUGCUACCAGGUGGACUCCCUGCGGGGCGACACGCUGGACUUCUCCUACCGCUGCACCUUGCUGGUGGCCUCCGCCAACGCGGCCCUGGACCCGCUGGCCUAUUACUUUGCCACCGAGACCUUCCAGCGCAUGGUGGUGAUGGACAACCUGCGCCAGGCCUGGGGCUUUCACACCGACAGCGCCGAGGGGCAGAGCCGCUCCCAGACCGCGCUCCGGCAGUGCAUCUACCUGCAGAACAUCCUGGCCGUGCCGAACAGCACCCCGCUGGUGGGGAGCCCCAGCAGGGAGCCCCGGAGCUAGCGGGCCACGGGGCUGGGCUCCCCUCGCCA